UGCAGUGCAGUAGCCAACCAGCAACCAGCUAGCAACCAGCUAGCUAGCUCGUCUACUCACACAGAAAUAUGGAUGAAACGAUGUUACAAGUCAACGGCUGUCAGACUGACCCCCGCUGCAUGGGCCCAUAAACAUGUCCACAGAUGACAGUAUCUCUGAGGAUGUGUCCAGCUCGGGGGCCUUGAGCCAUUGCCAUGUCAGUGCUGACGGGGAUGUGGGUAAGGAGAGCGAGGCCUCCCUGGUGUCCUCUGAGGGGACAUCGGCCUCGGGGCUGGCCGUCUCAGAGGACAGACGCACAACCUCCCAAACAACAGGAGGCACUGUGGCGAGCAGGCCCAUGGACAUCACACCAGCAUGCAACAAGAUCAGGAGUCUUUGUUUGAGCACAGAUGAAGCAUUUGAACAAGGGAAGAGCCUCCCAUUCAUCAACCCCAGCUCCCUGGAGACCCUCCGGGCUUUGGUGCAGGAGAUCCAGAGCAGCGGAGAGACCGACCCCGAGAUCUGGAAGGAUUGUGAGGGCCGAUGGCUGCAUCUGUUUCAGCUGGUUGAGAAGCAAUACCAAGAGCAAAUACUCGCUCAGCAAGAACAAUACCAGUGCCAAAUACAGUUGAUUCAGGAUGAAAUCAAAGCCCUGGUCCAGCUCCAGAACCGCCAGUCGAGCAUCCAGCCUCACGCAGAGUUCUCUCCAACUUCGGUGACCAAAUCCAGCACCAACACAAAGGACUAUAUUUUCCCGCUCAUCUCCAGUGACUGCACAGUCCCCAAACAUCUGGCCAGUGACAAUGACGGCCUGGCAGCCCCGGCCCUCACCCCGUUCAGCUCCCCGUCACCUCCGCUCCAGAGAUCAGACAACGGCAACCAGGGGGAGGAGCGGGCCACCACCGUGCUCAGCAGCGGCUACGGGACUCUUUCUGCUUGGGACACGGGUCUGGAACCUGCUGGGUCUCCGGGGGAAGACGAGGAAAGGAGGGAGAAGCACCAUUGGUCCCCUCACUUCCAGGAAGACACAGAGACAACUGUGAUUGGUUGCCAGCAGGAUUUUGCUCAUGAGAGGACUCUCGGAGUGGAUGAAACUAACCAGCAGAGAACCUCUGGCACCAGCCAGCUUCUGACCUCGUGGGCCCAGAGGCAGAAACUCCGGCCCAAAAAGAGCAAAGCAGGACCAGCUUCAUCCCAAAUCCUGGAGUACCAGGAGCAGCCUAGCAGCCUCAAACAAAACCCCCUGGAGAGCUCAGACUUCCAGGAUCAGCAGCGAGCGGCCGGGCCGUCGUGCAGCUCUUUCCCCCUGAGGAGGAGUGACAGCCUGAUGUCUGAGGCGUCAGGCCUCACUUAUUGGCGUCUGAAUGAGUGUGAGCUGUAUCACCCUCUACCGGACAGUCUGGACAGCGGCGCUUACCUCCUUCUGCAGGAGGCCUCCAUCAGUCUUACUCCAUCUCAGGAGCCUCGUCUGUCCCUCAGAGAGAUUUACCAGAACAAGCAAAGAACAGACUGUAAACGUUCAGACUGGGAAGGAUCUGUUACAUCCAGCCCGUCAUCACCACAGGUGUUGAUGUUGGACCCAGCAGCUAACCAGCGGCAGUCAGAUCGUACCUCUGGCUUCACUUCGCCCUCUCACUUCAGCAGCCCUUCGUUCGCCACCCAGCCCCACGCCUACCCCCGGGUGGGGACCCCCGUGACCCCCGACAGCAUGGUGGAGUGCAGUCCCCAUCCUGCAGACACGGACUGCAUCUCCGAUAGCUCCAGUGUUUCAGCUGUCGGCCCUUCCCCCUCUAAGGUGCAGAGCUUGUGGGGGAACCAAGCGGUCCGGUUUCCCUCCCAGGAUCAGACCCAGCCCUGCUCCCACACAUCCAGCCAGCAACGCAGAGCCAGUGCCCCUUUAGCCAGCGAGGAGGAGGGCAGCCACACUCACACCAGCACCCUGAAGCCUUCAGCCUCCGGGGCCACUGCAGCCAGUCCACACAUGGAGAAAGCUUCAUCACUGGAGGAUCCUGUCGUCCUUUCUCUACUGAGGCAGAACCUGAGAGAGAAGCACUCUCGACACGUGGCCGAUCUGAAAGCUUAUUACGAGUCUGAGAUCCGAAGCCUGCGAGACAAACUGAAGCUCAGAGAUCUGCCGCAGGAUUUAGAGAAGAGCAACCAUGUUCUUACAGAGAGGUGCAAGAACCUGGAGAGAGCUAUGGCUGAGGCCACCGGUCGCAUUCAAGAACUUGAGGCAACAAACAGCUUACUGGAGAAAAAACUGGCAGAAUGGCCCGAGCGCUACGCUGUAGCAGGUGCGACUGUGAAAUCCCUGCAGCAGCGGCUAGAAGAAAGCAAACGAGCCGGCAAGGAGAAGGACGCCCUGGCAGCUCGUUUGAAGACCCAAGUACGACAGCUGGAGGAGUCGCUGCAGAAAGCCUGCAGGGAGGCUGAGGAGAAGGAGGGGAGGAGGGAGAGGGAGUACAAGAUGCUGCAGGAUCUGCUUGGAGAAUAUGACUCUCUGGUGAAGGAUCAUGAGGGACUGAAGAUCAACGUGGUGUCGACAGAGAACAAGCUGGUCGAUGCCCACGAUCAGAUAUCAGAACUGAAGAGAGUAAUCUCCAAACUGGAAUCUCAGGUGAAGCAGCUGGAGCAUGAGAACCAGGCCAGAGCACGCUUCACCUGCCACAAUAACACGCAGCCUUCUGGGGCCGGGCUCUUCCACCAUCCUGACCUGCUGCUGUCGCCCAGUAAAGGCAAAGCAGAGCCAGAUGUGACCCGCAGGAAGUCUCCAUGUCCUCCGUUCACUCAAACCAACCAGUCCAGUCUCCACAAGAAGUCACAGUACCCAUUAAAUGAUCAGUCGUCAGGCACUGGGAGCUCUGUGGACGCCUCUUCAGUUGGUGGCAGCUGGAGGUGUGCGUCUCCUCCAGAGUGUGAGCAGUCUCUGCCUCAGCACCGACUCCAGGAGCAGAGCCAGCGGGACGCCGGCGGGCGGAGGGACGGGUCCUGCCUGACGCCCAUGAUGAGGGCGCUGAUUGAGCUGGAGGAGACCAGAGCCACGGAGAGCCGGGCCCCCUGUAAGAACAGCCCCACCCCCCACAGGGUCGGCAAUCAGAGGACCACGGUCGGGUUUGUGGAGCGCAGACACAAAGAGCCGGUGAUUCAGGAGCGAGUCGGGCUUCAGGCGGACAGGGAGGUGGUCAAACCUGCAGGAGGAGUCAGAGCUGAGCGAGGAGGAGGAGGAGGAGGAGGAGGAGGAGGAGGAGGAGGAGGAGGAGGAGGAGGAGUGAACAGAGCUACUGCUCUGCUGAGAGCUCAGAGGAGUUUGUCUCCAGAGGGCCACAGAUCCUCCUCACUGCCUCCUCCAGAACAUCGAAACAAACCCACAACUACACCAACAAAGAGAGGAACUUUGCUCAUGCCGAUGUCUGCUAAGUCCAGUCCCAAACGCUGCCCCACGGAGAACUACUCCACCGCUUUUGGUCACCUGAUGCCCAGAGAGGAACACCUGCACAAAAGGUUUGAUGAACCGGUUGACCAGAGACGUCACUCAUUCCACAACGGCAGUCCCAGGAAGAGACUCCAGUUCACGUCAGCAGACAGAGACGAUGACCUCCAGCAGCAGGAGUCCUCCGGCAGCAUGAACCCACAGGAGGGAGGCUCCCAGCUGGGCUGGGAGGAGCAGGGAGUCUCCGACCUGCAGGACUCCUACGAGGACUCGGCUCCUCUCCUCCUGGACAGACUCCACUCGCUGGCUGAGGCCGAGAAGCUGUUUGACGAGCUGACGCAGGAGAAACUGCAGAUUGAGGCAGCUUUGAGUCGGAUGCCUGGAGCAGGAGGGAGAGUGACUCUACAGACCCGGUUAGAUGAGGUGGCCUUAGAGAACCGUCUGGAGAGACUGAAUCGAGAGCUGGGAUCGAUCCGCAUGACUCUGAAGAGAUUCCACGUCCUCCGCUCCUCUGCCAACAUAUAGCAAUGUCUGUCUUUUUACAUCACAGUGUAGAAGCUACAACUUUGAGUGUCUUGGUUUUAUACACUGCACUGAUUGUCUCUCUGUGCCAUACGUCCAUCUGUACAGUCAUGCAUCUUUUUAUACUUAUUACUCUGGGAUAUUUUUGAUAUGUCUGAAAGAUAUUGCAAUUUUUUGGAGUAUAUAUUUUAGUAAAAACACAGAUUUGUAAAGUCGUUUACUUUUAUAGUCGCAGAAAUAUUAAUACGAUGAUAUGUUUUACUUGCCAUAUUCAGGUGUAGGUUUUUAAAAAUCUGCCAUGUUAACGAUCAAAAGGACUUUCCAACAGAGACAUUCAUCCACCUGGAAUUAUCACUGCCAUUUUAUUCAUGGGUUUAUGGACACUUUUGACUUGAAAAUGUAUUUAUUUUAUGUUUUUAUAUGUAUUUUACAUGUUUACUUUGGGCCAAAUUUAUCAAACUUGAAGGAAAUAUGUGUUUACUUGAAUCAAGCCGCCUUUUUUGUUCCUUUUUUCCUUUACAUUCCUGCUUGUCACUUUCUUUGCUUUAUGUUUUAAUGUUUGCAACAGGACUGAACGCUCCAGAUUAGAGCAACUUGUAAAAUCCAAACCAGCACACUUUUUCAGUAGAUACACAAACAUUUUCCUCAGUUAUCAGUUAUUUCUCCUCCAGCGAUGCCUGUGCAUGAAAGUUCUUGCACUGCUUCCUUUUUCCAUGCAGUUUUCCUACCCCUCAUCAACUCCACUGGAACUAUAAUAUUGUUGUUGCACAAUAAAUUAAGCUUUUUUAUA